AUGUCAAUUACUACUGUCCCUACUACUCCCUUUGAUGGGCAAAAACCAGGAACCUCUGGUCUUCGUAAAAAGGUUACCGUGUUCCAACAACCCCACUACACGGAAAACUUUGUUCAAGCACUCUUUGACGCCAUUCCGGAAGGAGCCGCUGACGCCACACUCGUCAUUGGUGGAGAUGGCCGCUUUUAUAAUGAUACAGCUAUCCAAGUAAUUGCACAGAUUGGCGCGGCCAAUGGAGUGGCCAAGUUCAUUAUUGGACAAAAUGGUAUUCUUUCUACACCCGCUGCAUCCCACGUUAUCCGCAAAUAUAAGGCCACUGGUGGUAUCAUUCUCACGGCCUCGCAUAACCCAGGUGGUCCCACUAAUGAUUUCGGUAUCAAGUAUAACCUGGCAAAUGGAGGCCCUGCACCAGAAUCCGUGACAAAUAAAAUCUAUGACUUUACCACAAAAAUUACGGAAUAUAAGACAGUCGCUGACUUGAAAAAAGUCGACCUGGCAUCAAUUGGCUCGAAAAAAUAUGGUCCUAUCGAGGUCCAGGUCAUUGACUCAACUGCAGACUAUGUUGCUUAUCUAAAGGAAAUCUUUGACUUUGACCUUAUCAAGAGCUUUUUCAAGGAAAACCCUGACUUUACUGUUCUCUUUGAUGCUCUUAAUGGUGUCACUGGGCCCUAUGGCCGUGCAAUUUUCCUUGACGAAUUGGGGCUUCCUGAGUCGUCGGUCCAAAAUUCUCACCCUAAGCCCGACUUUGGUGGUCUUCACCCGGACCCCAACCUUACCUAUGCCCACACUCUGGUUGAGGCUGUUGACAAAAACAAUAUCCCAUUUGGAGCUGCUAGUGAUGGUGAUGGUGACCGUAAUAUGAUUUAUGGUGCUAAUACAUUUGUGUCACCUGGUGACUCGGUCGCCAUCAUUGCAGCAUAUGCAGACAAGUAUAUUCCCUACUUUAAGAAGACGGGUCUUUAUGGUCUUGCACGCAGUAUGCCAACAUCAGGGGCUCUUGACCUUGUGGCCAAGGCUAAAGGUCUUAACAUUUACGAGGUUCCUACUGGAUGGAAGUUCUUUGUUGCCCUGUUUGACGCCAAGAAGCUGUCAAUUUGCGGCGAGGAGUCAUUUGGUACAGGAUCUGACCAUAUCCGUGAAAAGGAUGGAUUGUGGGCCAUUGUUGCAUGGCUUAACAUUAUUGCCGGCAUUGGCAAGGAGUCACCCAAGGAGGCAUCCAUUGCUGCCAUUCAGAAGGGGUUUUGGAAAGAAUACGGACGCACCUUCUUUACUCGCUACGAUUAUGAGGAGGUUGCAUCUGAGGAUGCUGCCAAGGUGAUUGCAGAUCUUAAGACCAAUGUGAUUACCAACCAAAAGUCAUUUGUUGGGUCGUCAAUUGCUGGGGAUCUCAAGGUGGUUGAGGCAGAUGACUUUUCAUAUACUGAUUUAGAUGGUAGUGUUUCGGACCAUCAAGGGUUGUAUGUCAAGUUUGCCGAUGGAUCACGUAUUGUGGUGCGGUUGUCGGGUACAGGGUCUUCUGGAGCUACGAUUCGGUUGUAUGUUGAGAAGUAUUCUAAUGAUGAGAAGACUUAUGAGUUGAGUGCUCAGGAGUUUUUGAAGGAGAAUAUUGAAGCAGCUGUUAAGUUUCUUAAGCUUAAGGAGUACAUUGGUACUGAGGAGCCUACUGUGAGAACGUAA